AUGUCGUUCUCCCUCUCGGACCCGGACUUUGCGCUCAUCCUGAAUGGAAUUAACCAAUCCCCAAAGGCUACCUUAAAGGAGAAGGCCCCAGAGCAGCCAGCCCAGGCAGCUCCAGUACCUGCGCCUAAUGCACCUCCAGCGUCUUCGUCAAAGCCCCAGAUCGACCUGGACGACACCCCGCCGGGAUCACCCGCUACCGACCCCAUCUCCCGCUCUCCCCCCAUAUCCAAUUCUGCCUUCUUCCGGGCGGCGGAUGGUAGCAACACUUCCCCGGUACGCACGCGCUUAUCGCCUGGAAAUGGCGCGCCUACCCUACGCACUCGGCAACCAUCUGCUGAGUCCACACAUUCCAUCUCGGGCCGCCUCGGACCAGAUAGCGCAUUCUCAGAGGUGGUGGGCUUGGUUGCGGAUGCUAAACAGGGAUCAAAGGAGCGGGUUGAGGUGGACGUCAGACUAUUGAGUGGGAUCGUUGCUGAGGUGGAGGAGCUAAAGGAGGUGAUUUCGGGAUUGAGGAACAAGUAUACUGGUGCCAAGCGUACAUCCCAGCAGUAUUCCGAAGGUCUCACUGUUGCUGGAGAAGAGUACGACAAGGAGGUUGCGCUCCGACACGAUCUCGAAGCGGAGAUCAGCCGGCUCAGAGCGGCGGUCCACUCGCAAACGGCUCGACUAAGCGUCAUCUCGGGCGAUGAGCGGAGACAGGAGAAUAUGCGACGGAGAAGUCACGAUUUGGCGAAUUCGUUGACGGGUUUGGAGAGGGAUAUCUCGAGGUUGAGGGCGCAGAGGGAUAUGACGCUGGCGGAGGUAGAAGAGCUGCAGAAAAGGCAUAGCGCGGGUACAGAAGUCGGCGAGGCUGCCGAGCUCUCCCAGUCCCUCACUCACCGGCUCGACACAAUCAAGGAGCAAUAUCGGGAAGAGCUCGAGCCGCUCACAGCUCAGCGCGAGGCCCUCCAGCGCGAAAUCGCCGACCUCCGCGAGACGCGUGACCAAUUUCUCGAAGAGUCUACCGCGCUCGCAGCAAAGAACGAGGACCUCGCCGAGCUCAACGCCCAGCUCUCACGCCAGGUCGAGACGAUGCACGAGAACCUGGCACGUCAGCGCGGUCCCACCGUAUUCCCCAAGCGGGGCCACCAUCCCUCCAACUCGCCGAGCCUCUCAUCGCUCGCCACCUCUGCCACGCUCCAAGAGGUACCGGAGGAAACGGCUCGCGUCGUCAAAGUUACGAAGCCCGACCCACAGCCUAUCGAGGCGGCCCCAGCCCGUCGAUUCAAAUGGUACGGCUACAAAUCGUCCAAGGGGCCUUCGGUCGGCGGGGAGCCUAUCUCUUCAGCGAGCAUAUCGAGGCCGCUCGCUCUGGGCCUGCCAGGUCCGGGCGGGCUGGACCGAAAACUCCAGCGACCGAGUACCGAGUUUGGCGUGAGGGAGCACUCGUUCCAGCAACACUCGAGUAUGCGGUUUGCGCGGUGUGAUCUGUGUGCCGAGAAGAUGUGGGGGUUGCAAGAGGUACGAUGUACAUCAUGCGGAACGGUCUGUCACGCCAAAUGCGCUGAGAAGCUCCCGAGGAGCUGUGCGGGAAGCAAGAGCGGUGUGCACGAUCACAUGGACGGACCACUUCCUCCAUCCAUGUUUGGUCGAGAGCUUGCCGAACAAGCAUCUGCAGAUCGCCAAGAUGUACCGGUCAUUGUCACCAAGAGCAUAUCAGCCGUCGAGGCGGUCGGCAUGGAGUAUGAGGGUAUCUACCGAAAGACAGGCGGCUCGUCCCAAUCCAAGCAGAUCCAACAGCUCUUUGAGCGUGGUGACUAUGAUGCCUUCGACCUCGCCGAUGUCGAGGCCUUCAACGACAUCUCGAGCGUGACAAGUACGCUCAAGACAUAUUUCCGGCAACUUCCAAAUCCGCUCUUGACGCAUGCGCUACACGAGAGCUUUGUCGCUGCUGCCACCAUCAAGGAUAUGUCAAAUCGCCAUACCGCCCUCACUGCGCUACUGAAAGAACUCCCCAAGGAGCAUUACAACACCCUCCGCGCCCUCAUGCUUCACCUGAAUCGCGUGACGGCCGCUAGCGGAAACAACCUUAUGACUAGUCAGAAUCUCGGUGUGGUCUUUGGACCGACCCUCAUGCGCUCGUCAGACCCCAAUAGGGAGUUUGGGGAUAUGGGCGGCAAGGCGAUGUGUAUCCAGUGGAUGGUGGAGAACGCUGCGAGCGUGUUCGCGGAGGAAAGAUGA